GAGUAAAAACAAUUAAAUAUUAGUUUAGAAAAUAUUAAAUCGAUUUAACAUUCAAAAUCUUUUACUCGAUAUUUUUACUAGAAAAAAAAAUAUCGAAUGGCAAUACAUGCCUAGCGGCUAGCGGCUUAGCCAUCGUCGCCGUUACGCCAAUUAUCCGUUUUGUCGUGUUGCGAGUGCAUUAGCGCGUAUCGUAGUUAUAAGUUUUGGAAAUAAUUCUUUUCUAAAUAAACGGAAAAAGGUAAUUGUAAAGUUUAACAAAAUAAAAUGCCGUACGCUAAUCAACCGUCGGUUCAUAUUUCGGAUUUAACCGAGGAAAAUGUUAAAUUUCAAGUAGAAGAUACUGAACUAAGUGUUGCGAAUAGCAUGAGGCGUGUUUUUAUCGCCGAAACACCGACUAUGGCCAUUGAUUGGAUACAAUUAGAAGCCAAUUCUACUGUUUUGAGUGACGAAUUCUUGGCGCACAGGAUUGGAAUGAUACCUUUGAUCAGUGAUGAUGUGGUUGACAGAAUACAGUACACAAGAGAUUGCCAAUGCAUGGAUUUCUGUCCUGAAUGCAGUGUGGAAUUUACUCUGGAUGUAAAAUGUACCGAAGAUCAAACCAGGCAUGUAACCACUGCGGAUUUCAAGUCGAGCGAUCCUAGAGUACUACCUGUUACAUCUAGACAUAGGGAAGACGAUGCAAGCGAAUAUGGAGAAACAGAUGAGAUUUUGAUAGUAAAACUGAGAAAAGGACAAGAAUUGAAACUUAGAGCAUAUGCGAAGAAAGGUUUCGGAAAGGAGCAUGCAAAAUGGAAUCCGACUGCUGGUGUAAGCUUUGAAUAUGAUCCUGACAAUUCCAUGAGACACACUUUAUACCCUAAGCCAGACGAAUGGCCUAAAUCAGAGUAUAGUGAAUUGGAAGAAGAUCAGUAUGAAGCCCCAUUUAAUUGGGAAGCUAAACCGAACAAGUAUUAUUUCAACGUGGAGAGCAGUGGGGCCUUGAAACCUGAAAACAUCGUCAUGAUGGGAAUCGCAGCGUUAAAAAAUAAACUUUCAAAUUUGCAGACACAGUUGAGCCACGAAGUACAAAGUGACGCGUUGAGCAUUCAUCAUUAGAAAUAAUUUUAGCUUGAUCCAUGUUUAAAAUAAAAACAUAAAAUCGUAUACCUUUCCAUAUUUUAUAAAAUAAAUGAAGAAAAUCUAUAA